UCCCCCUCCCCCGGUCCCAAAGCUCUCCCAUCUCUCUCUCUCUCUCGAACACUCACACACGCACUGCGCCGCGCCAGUGGCCAGUGGGCGAGUGGAGCGGGAACGACGCAUCGCCUCCUCCUCCGACCUCACCGACGCCGCCGCCGGAAUCCCACGCACGCCUCCGGAGGACAUAUAAAACAAUCUAAGUGGUAAAAGUUGGUAACUGUUCAAUCAUGCCGAUUUACAACUCAUCAGAAGCUCGAGGUUCUCGAGAACCUACUUCACCUGCACCAUCCACAUCAUCUCCUAGAUCAAGGGAAGCAAGCGAUCUUGCAGAAGUCGAUGAUCCUGAAAGUGUAAUGUCUACUGUUGCACGAUUGCUGGAGCAGCUCCAUGCGAGCAUGACAUCACCGUCAGAGAAGGAAGUGUCAACCAGACAAUUGCUUGAAUUGGCCAAAGUGAAAAAGGAGGCAAGGGUUAUGAUAGGCAGCCAUUCACAGGCUAUUCCAUUAUUUGUAUCGAUCCUUAGAAGUGGGACGUCUUCGGCCAAAGUAAAUUCUGCAGCCGUACUUAGUGCACUCUGUAAGGAAGAGGACCUGCGUGUCAAGGUCCUAUUAGGAGGUUGUAUACCACCCUUACUCUCUCUCUUGAAGUCUGAAUCUUCUGAAGCAAAGAAGGCUGCUGCUGAGGCUAUUUUUGAAGUGUCUUCGGGUGGACUUUCGGAUGACCACAUAGGCAUGAAAAUAUUUGUGACCGAAGGUGUUGUCCCGACUCUUUGGGACUUGCUCAACCCUAGGUCACGCCAAGAUAGAGUAGUCGAAGGCUUUGUGACCGGAGCCUUAAGAAAUCUAUGUGGGGACAAAGAUGGUUACUGGAAGGCCACACUUGAAGCUGGUGGAGUCGAAAUUAUCACCGGUCUUCUUUCAUCCAAGAAUACUGCUUCACAGUCAAAUGCUGCCUCCCUCUUGGCACGGUUAAUCUCUGCUUUCGGUGAUAGCAUCCCCAAAAUAAUAGAUGCUGGGGCUGUUAAGGCCCUUCUUCAGCUUCUCAGUCGAGAUGAUGACAUCGCUGUUCGUGAAAGUGCGGCUGAUGCUUUGGAGGCCCUAUCUUCCAAGUCCAGUAUUGCAAAAAAAGCUGUGGUGGAUGCAGGUGGUCUUCCUAUUCUGAUUGGAGCUGUUGUAGCACCCUCCAAAGAAUGCAUGCAGGGGGAUACCUGCCAUUCUCUACAAAGCCAUGCUGUUCGUGCUUUAUCAAAUAUUUGUGGUGGAACUACUUCUUUGUUGCUUUACCUGGGAGAGCAAUGCCAAUCACCCCGGUCACCCGUCCCCCUUGCUGACAUUCUUGGAGCUCUUGCAUAUACCUUGAUGGUGUUUGAUGGCACUGAUGGAAAAUCCUUUGAUCCAGUUGAGAUAGAAAAUAUUUUGAUUGUGCUCCUAAAAGGCCAUGACAGUAAACUUGUGCUUGAUCGUAUUCUUGAAGCUUUAGCGAGUCUAUAUGGAAAUGUUUCCCUCUGUGGUAGACUCGAUCACUCAAAUGCAAAGAAAGUUCUUGUAGGGCUGGUCACUAUGGCUUCCAACGAUGUUCAAGAACAUCUUGUUCGUGCCUUGACUAGCUUGUGCUGUGAUGGUCUUGGAAUGUGGGAGGCUGUUGGAAAGAGAGAGGGAGUUCAGUUGCUAAUAUCAUUACUUGGGCUUUCUAGUGAGCAGCAUCAGGAGUAUGCAGUUUCUUUGUUGGCUAUCUUGAGUGAUGAAGUAGAUGACAGCAAGUGGGCAAUAACAGCUGCUGGAGGUAUCCCUCCACUUGUCCAGCUACUGGAAACAGGAUCUCAAAAAGCAAAGGAGGAUGCUGCUCAUAUCAUGUGCAACUUGUGCUUGCACAGUGAUGAUAUCAGGGCAUGUGUUGAGAGUGCAGGGGCUGUUCUAGCGCUGCUUUGGCUUCUAAAGAGUGGCAGCUCUCAUGGACAAGAAGCAUCAGUCAAAGCACUCAAGAAGCUUAUACGGUCCUCUGAAUCUGCCACAAUUAAUCAACUCUUAGCAAUACUGCUCAGUGACUCACCAAGCUCAAAGGCUCAUGCCAUUACAGUUCUUGGGCAUGUGCUUGUACUGGCUCCUCAGAGAGAUCUAGUUCAGAAUGGAGCUCCAGCUAAUAAAGGCCUUAGAUCUCUUGUUCUUAUUCUUGACUCAUCAAAUGAAGAAACUCAGGAAUAUGCUGCAACUGUAUUGGCUGAUAUUUUCAGUACGCGCCAGGAUAUUUGUGACAUCUUAGCAACUGAUGAAAUUGUUCACCCAUGCAUGAAGCUUUUGACAAGUGGAAAUCAAGUUAUUGCAACUCAGUCUGCUCGGGCUUUAGGAGCACUCUCACGCUCAGCUAAUACAACAUCGAAGAACAAGAUGUCCUGUAUAGCUGAAGGUGAUGUGCAACCUCUUAUAGAGAUGGCAAAGACAUCAUCCAUUGAUGCUGCUGAAGCAGCAAUUGCUGCAUUAGCAAAUCUUCUAUCCGAUGCCCAGAUUGCUAAAGACGCGCUAGAUGAUAACAUUGUCCAAGCUUUGACUAGAGUGCUAAAAGAGGGAAGCUUAGAAGGCAAAAUUAGUGCUUCACGGUCACUUUAUCAGUUGCUCAACCAGUUCCCCCUCAGUGAAGUUUUUCCAGAUUACGCACUAUGCUGUUUUAUAAUUCAAGCACUGUUGGUGUGUCUAUCUGGAAUCAGUUUGGAAAAUGUUACUAGUUUGGAUCCCUUGGAUGUGCUUGCGUUUAUGGCUAUGACCAAGGAGGAUGCUCAUUUUAGCUCUCCUUUGUGGGCUGCCUUUCUUGAAGUUCCAGAAAGUUUAGAACCUUUAGUCCACUGUAUCAGUGUUGGCCUUCCCCCGAUUCAAGAUAAGUCUAUUCUAAUUUUCUCCAGGCUAUGUCAGGAUCAAUCAUCUGUGCUUGGUGAGCACAUAAACAGAAGUCAAGGUUGCAUUGGUUCUCUUGCUAGCAGAAUUAUGGAAUCAACAAACAUGGAAAUAAGAAUUGGCAGUGCAAUAACCCUCAUAUCUGCUUUAAAGGACAACAGAGAGCAUUCAAUUGAAGUUCUUGAAGUGUCAGGGCAUCUGAACAAUCUAAUAUCUGCACUCAUUGAUAUGUUGAAGGAACAGUCCACGUCAACAUCCUUAGACAUUGAAGUCUGGAAACCUUACACAGAGAAGAGUUUGUAUAAUUGUGAGCAGGAUGUACCUGAUUCAGGAAAGGUUUUGGAAGAAACAGUUCCGCUUCUGCUCUCACUUAUUUGCUCUUCUAGUCCUAGAAGUAAACUUACUGUUAUGGACCUUGGUGGUAUUGAUAUUAUCUCUGACAAACUUGCUGGCCACACUGCUAACCGACAGGAACAGGAUGAAGAUUCAGAGAGUGUAUGGAGUUGCGCCCUUCUCUUGGCUACUUUAUUUCAGGAUUCAGUGGUCAUUCAAUCUUCAGCAAUAAUGCGAAUUCUACCUUCUUUAGCUUCGUUGCUGAGAUCUGAUAAGAUCAUGGAUAAGUACUUUGCUGCUCAGUCACUGGCUAGCCUGGUUUGUACUGGAAGCAGAGGUAUACAGCUUGCUAUUGUGAAUUCUGGUGCAGCUGCUGGUGCUAUAGCUAUGAUUGGACAGGUAGAAUCUGAUAUGCCAAACCUUGUUACAAUGGCUGAAGAGUUCAAGUUGGCAGAAAAUCCAAGUCAAAUAAUAUUGAAGAGUCUUUUUGAGCUUGAGGAUGUUCGGACCGGUGCUACUGCGCGAAGGUCCAUACCCUUGCUAGUAGAUAUACUUAAACCAAUGCCAGACAGACCAGGUGCACCUUUGGUUGCUUUGCACCUACUGACUCAACUAGCAGAAGGUAGUGAGACAAAUAAAGUUCUUAUGGCGGAGGCUGGAGCUUUAGAUGCUUUAACUAUGUAUCUGUCUUUAAGCCCACAAGACUCAACUGAAACUACCAUCAUCAAUCUAUUAGGGAUCUUAUACAGAAACCCUGAUCUGCUUUACCAUGAAACCUCACUUAGCACUUUGAAUCAACUUGUAGCUGUAUUGCGUUUGGGCUCGAGAAAUUCUAGGCUUAGUGCAGCAAGGGCAUUGCAGUACCUAUUUGAUUCAGAGAAUAUAAGAGAUACUGAAGUGGCUAGGCAAGCUAUUCAGCCAUUACUUGACAUGCUUGAGUCAGGAACUGAAAUAGAACAGCAAGCAACACUUGGUGCUCUAAUCAAACUUUCUGCCGGUAAUGCCUCAAAGGCUUCAGCUAUGUUUGACAUAGAAGGCAAUACACUUGAAAGCCUUUAUAAAAUUUUAUCUUUCAGUUCGUCCUUAGAUCUUAAGAAAGAUGCUGCUCAGCUCUGCUACAUUUUAUUUGAGAAUUCAGUGGUACGGGCAUCACCGAUUGCCACUGAAUGUCUUCAGCCCUUGAUAUCAUUAAUGGCAUCAGGCUCUAGUUUGGUUGUUGAACCAUCUGUCUGUGCUCUGAACAGGCUACUGGAUGAAGAGUACAAUGCAGAGAUUGCUGCAACUAUUGAAGUUGUUGAUCUUCUUGUUAGUUUUGUUCCUGGAACUAACUACCAAUUGUCAGAGGCGUCUAUUGCUGCUCUCAUAAAGUUGGGCAAGGACCGUCCAAACUGCAAACUUGACAUGGUUAAAGCUGGUAUCAUUGAGCAUGCACUAGAUAUGAUUCUGGAUGUUCCGAUCUCUGUUAGCUCAUCCAUUGCUGAGUUACUUCGCAUUUUAACAAACAACAGUGGCAUCGCUAAAAGUUCUAAUGCUGCAAAAAUGGUGGAACCACUUUUCUUACUUUUACGUCGACCAGAUGUCACCAUGUGGGACCAGCACAGCGCCUUACAAGCACUUGUAAAUAUUCUAGAGAAACCUCAGAGUCUAGCAGCAUUGAAGUCAACUCCCAGUCAAAUUAUUGAGCCAUUGAUAUCAUUUCUUGAAUCUCCCUCUCAAGCAAUCCAACAACUUGGUACUGAGGUGCUAUCGCAUCUUCUGGAACAGGAACAUUUUCAACAGGAUAUCACUACAAAAAAUGCAGUUGUCCCUCUGGUUCAGCUUGCUGGUAUUGGAAUCUUGAGCUUACAACAAACUGCAGUUAAAGCCCUUGAAAACAUAUCUCAGAGUUGGCCCAAGGCUGUAGCAGAUGCAGGUGGAAUUUUUGAACUCUCGAAGGUAAUUGUCCAGGAUGACCCUCAGCCAAGUCAAGCAUUAUGGGAGUCUGCAGCACUUGUAUUGUGCAAUGUUUUGCGUAAUAGCUCUGACAACUAUGUUAAAGUCUCAAUGGCUGUACUUGUAAGAUUGCUGAACUCCACCAUGGAGAGUACUGUCACAAUAGCUCUUGGUGCUCUUCUUGUGCAAGAGAAAAGUAAUCCACGGUGUGCCGUAGCCAUGGCUGAGGCUGGGGCUGUACGUGCACUGUUGGAGCUCCUUAAGAGUCAUCGCUGUGAGGAAUCUGCAGCAAGAUUGCUUGAAGCACUGAUAAACAAUUCGAGGGUCCGAGAAACAAAAGUUGCCAAACACUCUAUAGCUCCUCUGUCACAGUACCUGUUAGAUCCCCAAUCAAAGAAUCAGCCAGCUAAGUUUUUGGUGACUCUUGCUCUAGGUGACAUUUUCCAGCAUGAAGCACUUGCAAGAGCAAGUGACUCUGUAUCCGCCUGCCGUGCUCUUGUAAGCCUGCUUGAGGACCAGCCUACCGAUGAUAUGACAAUGGUUGCUAUUUGUGCACUUCAAAGCUUAGUAAUGCAUAGCAGGACAAAUAGGCGUGCCGUUGCGGAGGCUGGAGGAAUUUUGGUUGUGCAGGAGUUGAUUCUGUCGCCAAAUAUAGAUAUUGCAGGACAGGCUGCUCUGCUAAUCAAGUAUCUUUUUUCAAAUCAUACACUUCAAGAAUAUGUUUCUAAUGAGCUCAUCCGAUCUCUUACUGCUGCCUUAGAAAGAGAACUGCUCUCUACAUCAACUAUCAAUGAAGUUAUUUUGAGGACAAUAUAUGUCAUAUUCAGCAACUUUAGAAAGGUUCGGUUUUCUGAGGCAGCAACAUUGUGCAUACCCCAUCUGGUUUGUGCCCUGAAAGAUGGAAAUGAGGCUGCCCAAGAGAGUGUGCUAGACACCCUUUGCUUGCUGAAAGAAUCUUGGCCCCAAAUGAAUGAAGACAUUGCCAAAGCCCAAUCUCUGAUUUCAGCGGAGGCCAUCCCUGUACUACAAAUGCUUAUGAAGACCUGUCCUCCCAGUUUUCAUGACAGAGCUGAUAGCUUACUGCAUUGUUUGCCUGGUUGUUUAACCGUGACCAUCCUACGUGGAAAUAACUUAAAACAGACAAUGGGGGGUACAAAUGCAUUUUGUUGCCUGCAAAUAGGAAAUGGUCCUCCAAGGCAAACCAAGGUGGUGAACCAUAGCAUAUGCCCGGUAUGGAAUGAGGGCUUCACUUGGUUAUUUGAUAUACCACCAAAAGGGCAGAAGCUGUACAUCUUGUGCAAAAGCAAAAAUACAUUUGGAAAGUCAACCCUUGGAAGAGUCACCAUCCAGAUCGACAAAGUCGUCACGGAGGGAGUAUACAGCGGGUUCUUCAGCCUCAGCCACGACGGCGGCAAGGAUGGCUCGAGAACGCUAGAGAUAGAGAUUGUAUGGUCAAACAGACCGUCCAACAACAGUAUGUAGCAUGGCUAAUUUCGCCCGGUGCCAAUAUUAUAGCCCCGGCUCCCAUGUAAAUCAUUCCCAUAAACAUCCAGAUCAUUGUAUUGUAGAGGACUUACACUGUUUACAAACAACAUCUGCGUCAUUGAAUUUGUUUCGAGGCCCUUCGCCUCUGUAGCUAUAAACAGAUUUUGGACCGCACGCCUAUUUUUUCUGUACAGGUGAAGUUAUUUCCUGUAAUUAUAAUCUAGAGUAGUUUGGUGUGGGUUUGAAGGAACACUGCAACUCUGCGUGUGCUGUCUCCAUUUGUGCCUUUUGUUGCCACUUCUUCUAAGCCUUUUCUAUUUGCA